AUGGAGACAUCCCAGGAUGGACAGACAGCUGAGCAGAGGGGAGAGGACAAGGAGCACCAUGGCUCUGCCAGCUUGGUGUGGGCAGCCACCCCAGGGAUGCUCUUCCAGGAGGACCGGCGGAACAGCCUUCACUCCCUCAGCCUGUCCUGGGUGUUUGGCUACAACAGCAGCCUGGCCGUGCACAGCCUGAUGGAUGGGGAAGAGCAGGUGCUCCUGUAUGUCUCCUCCCACACAGUGGUCAUCCACGAUGUCCUGGGGAACAGGCAGUACCACCUGCAGGGCCACACAAAUGCCAUUUCUUGCCUGUGUGUGAGUGAGGACAGGCGCUGGGUUGCCACUGCUGACCGAGGGCCAGAUCCUCUGAUCAUCGUGUGGGACUCCUUCUCUGGGAUCCCCGUGCGCACCAUCUUUGGGAGCCACUCAGAUGAGGGGGUCAGUGCUAUUGCUAUUUCCCAGGACAUGAAAUACUUGGCAACCAUCGGGGCUGGCAGGGUGCAGAAAGUUUGUGUUUGGAAGUGGACUUCACCCACAGAGAAACCUGUGUGCAGCACGGAGCUGAAGCCUGAGUUUGGGCACCAGGAUUAUGUAAUUUUUAACCCUAAAAAUCGCUAUGAGUUUGUCAGCAACAGUAAAACCCAGGUGAUAUUUUACCUGUGGGGCGAUGCCGGUUUGCAGUACGGAGCCCCCCCCCUGAGCAGAGAGACCUUCGGCACCCGCGUGGGUCGCUUCGGCCAGUCCGCGUUCCACUUCAACACCUCGCAAGCCCUGACGGGCACCUCGGCCGGGAAGCUGGUGGUGUGGGAGGAGGCCCGACCCCACGGCCCCUCCGAGGGGCUGCCGGCCAAGCCGCACAGCAUGGGGGGCGCCAAGCGCGUGGAUCAAAAGCUUUCCCUUCCUCGCAGCUGCAUAGUAACAGGGGAUGUGAAGGGCCAGGUUACGUUCUACACUGGGCAGCUGCAGAUCCUCGCCUGCUGCAGCCACGACAAAGUGGGUCCCAUUCGGUCCAUCUCCUUCUGCAAACCCCCUCCUGAUCCUCCUGGUGACUUCCCACCCUCCACCAUCCCCAGAAGCCAGCCCUUCAUCACCAGGAACUUUAUCCUUUCAACCUCUGAUGCAACUGUGUUCCGUGUUGCAACAGCUGGGACAAACUUUGAAAAAGUUCUGGAAGAGGCAAAGAAAGCUGUGAAUGCCAUCUCCUGUCACCCCCAGCAGACACUGGUUGCUGUGGGGAGUCACUGUGGGCUGCUGAAGGUGUGGGACUACCAGCAGACCAAGUACCUGGCUAGCAGGAUAUUCACUAAGGCCAGCAUCCAGUGCUUGUCCUAUGACCCUGAAGGUUAUUUCCUGGCUGCUGGUUUCACUGAUGGAAGCGUUCGCGUCCUCGAUGCUAUUUCCCUUCAGUCCAGCUGCGAGGAGUUCAAGUUCUCACAUGGUCCUGUAACCCAUAUUGGCUUCUCUCAUGAUUCAGAAUACUUUGCAACUGCUGAUGAGAAAUACGCGGUGACUGUUUACAAGAAAGCCCUACAAGAUGGGAUCAGAUGCUGGGAACACCUAGCAGGGAUGCACUCCCAUUACAAACCCAUCCGGAGCAUCCUCUUUGGGGUCCAGUUAGACAGCAAGGAGCCCAGGCUCCUGAGCCUUGGGGAGGACCGGCAGCUGGUUGAGUAUGACCUGAAUAGCAGCAGCAAGGACAACCUGGUGGUCUUGCACAGGGACCGUUUGGAGCAGGUUGCUGUGCCCUUGUGCAUGGCCUGGUACCCACAGCUCAGCACGGAGUCCUUUUUCCUCACUGCCAACAACUGCUACAAAAUUAAGCUCUACAACACGACGACCAAAAUAUGCAGAAAGACCCAUUUGGGACCAACCUAUGGCUCCCCAUUGGAGAAGGUAGAAAUCCUCCCAACAACAACAAACACUGUGGACCCCCAGAGAUGCCAUCUGGCAUACAUCACAAAGGACAAGGUGGGCUUGCAGAUUUUGCCUGUUGAUGGGAACCCCCACAAGUCCUCAGCCUUCAUUUGCCACCCGGACGGUGUCUCUGGCCUCGCUUGCGCCUACGAUGGUCGCUACGUCUUUACAGCAGGGGGGGAUGACUGCACUGUUAUGAAAUGGGAGGUCAACCUAAAUGCCUUGGAUGCUGCUGCUUCCCUGGGUGGAAAGGAUUUGAUCCCAUUCUACAACUUACUGGAUGGUGGCAGAGAAGGCAAAUUGUUCAGGGAACUGGAAGACUAUUUUUACUAUGCACAGCUGCACAGCCAUGGCAUUGACACACUGGAGCCCAGACAGGUGUCAACACACAUUCCCGUGGAGGAAAUUCCUUCUGUAAUGAGAGCAAUAGGAUUUUAUCCAUCAGAGGAAGAGGUUGAAGAAAUGAUAAAUGAAGUAAAAUUCAGCAAGUAUGUGGAUACUGGAGAACAAGUGACAGAAAUCAAUUUAGAGGAUUUUAUCAAACUUUACAUAAAUCAUCGCCCUGCAUUUGGCUUGUCAAUGAAACAAAUACAACAGGCGUUUCGGGUUCUUGGUUAUGGUAAUGAGAACGGAGACAAAGUUAUUGACAGAGGAGACUUACUGUUGCUGCUUCAGCACAGAGGAGAGUGUAUGACGGAGGAUGAGCUGGUGCAGUGUCUCACCACCCUGCUGGGCAGGCAUCCUGAGGGAGAAGGAUCUGAACCGGACACCUACGAUCCCUCAGGUGCAGCAGCCCUGUCUGAAGAACAAAUUCCAGAGGAAAUCACAGCCGAGAUAUUUGCUGCUGACAUUCUUGGUUUGCCUAUUGCUGAACCAGAAAGAAAGAACAGAACAGAGAAAUGA